GAACCCUCCUCAACCCAUCAUUUUCAUACGUGAUCGAACCCUUACAAACGACCGGCAGUAGCCAUGCUUCGCAGUGCUAUUGCCUUUCUGGCCAUCUUGGCCAUCACGGCGGAGGAGCAGUGCCUGACAGAAGACUGUUCCUUCACAGAUGAUACCUCCUUCCUACAGGAUAAGAUCCAGGUAAGUCAACGCCUGGCAACCAACUCCGUGUCAGAGAUGGCAGAGAGUGAAGUUAUUACCCCGAACUCGAACCAAGUGGACAGAUCCACUUUCGGAACCCGCGUGGUGCAUUUUCCGCCCUGGAUUUACAUAGGCAUAGCUGUCUAUUUGGUGAUCCUCGCUAUCCAUGAAUGGUUUGUAUACAAGGGCAUGAAACCGCUGGGUGUUCGGGGACCAGUGCACCUGUCAUGGAGUGUUCAAAUCAUGGGUUUGUGGAACAGCAUGGCAGGUUUCAUGGGCAUGUCGAUGCAAAUUCCCAUUUCCCUGGACUUUGCUUUGUCCCUCAACAGAGGAGCAACUGAGUCGGGGCUCUUCCUUAGUGCUGGGAUUAUCACCGGCUUGUUGGCGAUGGUGGCUGGCAAAUGGCUUGUGGACGAAACCCGCUGGAACCAGCGCUUUGUCCGUGGACUGAUGAUUGUCAUCCCUGUAAUUUGCAUGUUUCUGAGCUUGGCAUCAGCCGUCUUCGUCAAUGAAACCGCCAACAGCCCCAAUGUGAACAUGGUAUGGUGGGUCAUGCUUGCCUUUAUUCAAGUGUCGUCCUUUAUUGGUCCCCUGACGGUGGUUCCCGGCAUCCUUUUCUGGACGAAGAUCACUGUGCAUGAGAGCAAGACCUUCUGGAUGAUUAUGACCCAAUGCGCCCGAAACGUGGGUCUUGUCGUGGGACCCUUGGUCUUCACCAUCCUCAAGACCUUGGUCACUGGAGACGGCGAACGAGUCAGUCCUCGGUCUAUGAUGGCCUGGAUCAACAUUUUCCUGCUCUUCCAAGCCUUGGUGAGCAGUUUCUUUGGCAUUUCCAUCAUGCCCACGGAGAUCCCCAACGAACCUCCCAAGGGCGAUGGUCAUGACAGCUGCGACUUCGCCCUCACCGGCGAUAUCAAGCCCGAGGAACUGCCCGACUCUGCUCGCGAGGAAAUUGUUUGGCGCAUGAUCUGGUACGCAGUCGAACGUCCUUUCACUUUGGCGGCGGUGGAAGUGUCUACUUUGAUGAUGCUGGAAGUAUUUUAUGGUUGGGACCCCUACUGGACAGGGCUUUGCUUCACCGCUGUUUGCUCGGUGGGCAUUGUCAUGUCAAUCUUCACCACUGUGAUGCUGAUGAAAGGUAAAUUUCAGGAGUCGUGGGUCUUUAUGAUCGCUGCAGCCUCUUCGAUUUUUGGCUCUAUCCUCUUGUUCGAAAUAGUCCCGUCGGCCGGCUGGGUGCUCUUGGUGGCGGAUUGCGUCAUCUACACCGGAGCCACGGUGGCGAAUGGUAUCGCGGAGGGUUGGGCCAGCCGCGCUGCCAAAGAGGGCUCCAGAUUCAGCAACACGGAGUAUCGUGUGCGGCAGCUUUCAGCGGUGACUCUUGGUCGAUUCCUGGGACCAAUCAUUGGCCGAUUCUUGGUCGACUAUGGAGGCCGCAAUGUCUAUGCCGUGGUGCAGUUGGUCGCCUGCUUUGCGGGCACCAGGACGGUCUACAAGACCUGUUCGCUGGUCUGGGCCGGCAAUGCUCGCAAGCUUGAGGCAGAGAAGAAGAAAGGCAAUGCAGAAAAGUUGCUUCCAUCGCCGGAAAAGAAAGAUAUCAAGGAAGAUAUCAAGGUGAAAGUUCCAGAAGAGGAGGCCGUCGAAGACAGUACCGAGGCUUCCCCAUCAGACCGUUAGGAGACGCCGGGUGCCGUGGCUGUCCAUGGUGGAUGGUAUGGUAGGGUGCCGUUCACCGGCCGCGAAGCAG